AUGGCUGAACCUGUCGAGCCUGUCAUCAGCAACAGGAUGGUAACAAGGCUCAGGAAGGCGGCCACGGAUACAUUUCCGCCAUUCGACUACGACCAUGAUGACGUUGAUGUCCACGCCGUCUCGUCUUCUACCUCAUCCUGCUCGCAUGGUAUAACUGCCUCCUCAUCCUCCCGCCUGGACUCGUCUCUCCCCCAGUACAAGACAUAUUACGGUGCACGCAAGCUCUCUCGUUGCUCAGACACUUCUUCCCCUGCCAUGUCGUCGCUGGGUAGGAUGGGUAUCCCGCACAGGAAGCGCUCCGGCACGGUCGACCUGUCUGUUUCGCUCAGCGAGACAAACGGACUAGGGAUAUACAACAGCCUGAACGGUAGAGACCGCGGGAACGAUGACCUCUCCGCUACCGGCUCUCUCGGUGGUUCUCGUCAUCACCGCUCCACCAGCGGUGCCUCACAACUCUCCUUUGGAAGCCUUCCUCGCCCUGGUGGACAAUACGUCCACCCCAUGCGGCAGACUCCUCGCCCUUACACGCCACCGCUGGGCCACUCGAACCAGGUCUCCGCCGCGGCAAGCACCGACUCGCACCUGGAGGGCAUACAGCGUGUCACAGAUUUUGAUGACCCCGUCCCCACCAGCCAGGAACUCUUUCCCGGAUCUCCCUCCCCCAGCAUAUACAACGAACCUCGCACUUCCGUCCAGAUUGAAAGCGAGACUACCACAUACCCCAGCAAGACUCGUGCUUCUUCCUUUGGUCGUGUCUUCAACAACAGCCCCAGCCCACGAGACACUACCCCACUCUCUAGGAAUUCUCUGGAAUUCGGAUUGCGGUCCAAGUCCCGUCGUCCCAGCGCCGUAGAUCCAGCCGCUCGCGCCAUAGCAGUCCAAGCGGCACGCCAGGCCUUUGCAGACAGAGAGGCCGCUAAAAUCAGGAAACAUGAUGAACAGGCUUCCAAGGCCUAUGAUAAGGAGCAAUGUCGACUCCGCCGGCUAGAACGUGAAAACUCGUAUAAUAGCCAUUCGCCUCCACGACGUUCUAUCUCCGACUUCACGUUACGGCCAUCAAAACUUAGCGAGAAAGACAGCCGCAGCAAGAAUUCGACUCCAUCGUAUACUGACGAUACCAUCAAGGUCUCCUGGAAGCCCAAGAGUCCAAAGAGUGCAUGGGUCCUCUUCCUCACUUGGCUACGCACGAGGAUAUUCAAGAUUGGAAGAAAGCUGAAGAAAGUGGGCUAG